AUUAUUACUGUGUUUGCGAUUCUGAAUAUGAAGUUCAUUAUUGGAAACCUGUAGUGCACUGGAAUGAACCAUGUCCCAUAUGUACGACACAAAAUGGCCUGGAGGUUAAGGAACAACUCAACCCCAACAUCAGACCACCAGCAGCGCUUGGUGUUGGAGAACAUACCAUUAACUAUACUUUCACAUAUAAUCCGCUGUCAUCAAGACGUUUAGGAGAAACCAAAUGUUCUGCGAAAAUCCGAGUAAAUGGAGGUAUGUCCACACCUGAUAAACCAAAAAAAAGAAUUUCGCGUACGUAGGAACAAAUUGUUUAACCCCCUUCCCUCUUCGUGCGCAAAUAUAUGUAUCAAUUAUACUCCUUCCCCCUCCCAUGCGUACGUGCUAAAUGAUCUGCCCUGACGCUCAAAUGCUUUGUGAUUGCUUUUUUCCAUUAAUAGUGUUAAGUGUUUCUAAAUCUUAAUACUCGUUCUUUCGAACGAGAGAAAAAGUUCUUACAUUCUAUAUAUAAUUUUAUUGUGCAAUGUUCAAAAGUGACAAUCAUCACAAAACCUUUUGUGACAAAUUUGUUUCCUGUCAUUAAUAUAAAUUCCUGUCAUUUGUAUACUUCCUGUUUUUCACAUGCCGAUGGUGUGCGAUUAAAUGCAAUUAAAUAAGUACUAGGAAGCCAUUGAAACAAUGGACAGAACCAAACUCUUCAAUAAUUUAUGUAUACAACGUCUAAGCUUCAUAUCUUCCCAGCCUGUUUCUUUCAUUAGAUUUUUUCUACUGGUGCCCUUCAUGGCACCCGUUACGAUUUUAGCAGAUUCAUAUUGGACAAAUUCGAGAAGAUCGCUCUCACCGUCCAUGCAACCGUCCCACAAUACAUCAGCAUAUUCCAUCACGGGACGAACAAGAGAUUUAUAUAAUGUGUUUAAAGUUUCCCUAUUUAAUUUAUAUUUUAAUCCUUUAAGCAUAUUUAACCUCUGGCAUGCCUUUUCAUAUACUUUCAAAAUAUGAGCUUUCCAUGAUAAAGUACUAGAUAGUGUGACGCCGAGGUGGGUAUGCUGUGAAACCAUAGCAAUUUUUUUACCUUCAUAAAAUAAAUCAGGAUGAUAUGGCUUAAUCCUUUUGGUUGAAAAAAUAAUCGAUUCGGUCUUAGUUGGGUUAAUUGUAACUAACCAUUGGGAUGCCCAAUCCUUAAUUGAAGUAAGAUCAUUAUUCAACUUUAUCGAGGACAUAUUAGGUACAUCAACAAAAAACAAUCUGACUGAAGAUUUUUAGUUAUGUCAUUGAUAUAUAUCAAAAAUAGCAAAGGGCCAAGGACAGAACCCUGGGGAACACCCGCUUUUAUACUUUCCCACUUAGAAGACUGGCCUUCAAUCACAACUCGUUGUUUUCGAUUUGGUAAAUAACUUUUAAUCCAACAUAGCAGUGGAUCCUGAAUACCAAUUACUUCAAGUUUGUAUAAAAGCCCUUUGUGCCAUACUUUAUCAAAAGCUUUGCUGAUGUCGAGAAAUACCAUCCGAACUUCUUUCCCUUGUUCAAGUGCGUGAUAAAUCGUAUGCACAAUGUACAUUAAUUGAUUCACAGUGGAAUCACCCGGUCGAAAACCGGACUGCAGUGGUUAACGAAUAUAUGAAUAUGCAAUUAUCGCGUCUAGUUAAGGCCCUGUAUGUGUAGCAAUUUUAUAAAAUUGUGUUCUGUAACCACAACAAUUUAUAGGUUAAUUUUUUUCUCAGAGAGACGGCAAAACAUUGUCGGCGAGAAGCUUUGGGAUAGUGACACCGGUAUUGGUAAGAACCUUAUUGUAAAGAACGAGGAUUUGUUAGUCAGUGUUUACAACUUGGCUUGA